UUGUUUCAAUAAAACCACAUACGGGAAGUGCACUAACAACAAUUUUAUUUUCUGUUUUGUUUUGGCAUAUUAUCACAAAGUCUGUUGCUUGGUUUAUUUUACUCUUUAACAUAUAGAGAAAAAUUAUAUUGUAAUUAGUCACAGUUCGCCUUGCUUUCGCGUAUUUUAUGAACAUUUACCUGUAAAAACUGUAGUAAGAUUGGUUAGAUAUAUCAUCUUAAGUUUAUCGAGUUUUCUAGCUCAAUAUUUCGGGAAAGAAAUUGUUUUGUAAAAUUAUAGGAUAUAAGAUGACGACGAUAGCAAAAAUAUCCGUUGAAAAAUAUGAUUCACAAGAACAAAUUUUAUAUGAUUUCGACAAAAGUAAAAGCUUGGAGGAUAAUAUUAAAGAUAUCUGCGAAAAAACUGGAAUCCCCGAAUCAAACGUGUUUGGUUUGAAACACAAUCCGACCAAAAACAAUUUAACAAACCAUUACGUUUCCGAAGAUAAUUAUUUAAACAUCAAACACAACGACUGUUUAAAAGUGGUAUUUUCGAUCAAACAUAUACUGAGUUAUAUAGAGACUCAUAUUUUCGAUCCAGCAUUGAGAGACACUGUCUUUCAGUACAUUGAUAGAUUGGGAACUGAUCCGGUAUUUAUAGAGGAACUUGCUGACAGUGAGGGUCAUAUAAAACUCAUCGAUAUCUUCAUAACUGAGAAUUUAGAGGAAACCGAAGAAGAACUGCCUUUACUAAUAACCAUUCUUCACUUGUUCUCUAAGGGAAGAAUAAAAGAUACUAGUCAAAACAUACUGCAGAAAAUUUUUAAUAUAUUGAACAACACAGACAAACCUUUAGAAACCUAUAAUUAUAGUUUGUCUAUUUUGCAGAAGAUAUUGGUUAGCAGGAAUCAUGUUUUUGAUCCAUGGAAGGAAAAGAUUAUUCAGUACUUACCUUUGAAAGACAUAGUACCCUACACAUGGAAACACUCAAACAUGGAUCUUCAGUAUAGUGCUCUCUUGCUCAUAAACACGUUAAUUCGCGUAUGCAAAGGAGACAGAAGACUGAAACUUAUCAAGGAGAUGAACCAAAGUAAAAACAGAGAAAAUAUUUACAAUUAUAUCAUUGUAAAGGGAAAUUUGGAUAGGAAAAUGGAACAUGAAUUGUAUGUUUUACAAACAUACCUGUUAAGUUUAUUUACUGAAGCCCUUCACAGUGGUAUACCGAUAAACAAUAAUUCCUUUUUUAAAAAGGAUGACUUUGAACUGUGUCCUGAAGACAUGAGGAGGAUUACAGUUCUGAUGGACUUUGAGGAAGAUGCUUCGCCUCUAAAUCAGUUUCAUUCCAUAGAAAAUCUAGUGCUUAACGACGGAGAUAGAAAUUCUAGAAUAUCACUGGCCUCGCUUAAAUCAAACGAGAGCAUUCAGACUGGCAGCAAGGGUUCUUCUAAAUACAAUUCAGAGUAUUUUGAUGUGGAUAAUGCAACAAUCAGUCACUUAACACUAGAAGCAUUAAAAUAUUAUAAGGCAUCCUAUUAUCGAAAUUUUCAUCAAUCCCAGAUCGAAGAAAAAUUAUAUGAACCCGGGAUAUACGUGACCAGUGAAAAAAUCGUAAAAAUGCUGGGCAAACUUCUUCACAUCGGCGUGGAAACGCCGGAGAGCAAGAGCACGUUCUAUCAGCCCGUCGUGUUUUUUUCCUCCGGCAGAAAACCGUUUUUCUUCGAACUUUUCUCGAGGACGAUGUGGCUCCUGUCCCAGACGAGGAGGGAGAUGAAAGCAUCCACGAUAACCGACUACCCUAAGGUUAUGUACAUUUUAGAGAAACAAAUACAGAUCGCUCUGGAGACCAGACCAAUAGAUUUCCAAAAACUUACCGACGCUUUAUCCAACAUUUCAUUUCAAAUUGUUAUUGAAAAGAUACAGAAUGUAAAGGAAGCAAACUUAAUACAUAUGAUUGAAUAUCAUCCGUGUAUUAAAGAAAUGAGACAAAAAUUUAUAGUCGAAAAUGAAGCUGUAGUAUACCAACAACGGAUUAACUGCCUUCUAGCUGGAUUACAUUUUCCAAAAGUUCAGGAAAAGAAGGCGCAUGGCAAUAUAUUUGUACAGCUGUCAAAAAAUAUGAAGGAUCUAUUGGUAUAUGAAAUGGAAAAUGUAAAAAAGCCAGCCGUCUACGAUUCGCCUAAAACUUUCCCUGUUGACGAUAUUACACACGUUGUCAUAGGAAACAACUGCCAACAUUCGCACUUAUGCGAUCCAAAACUGGCUUUUUCCAUCAUAAUCAAUCACGCCGAAGUAGUUAAAUUUAUUGGUAAAGAUGAAAAAAUUGCCGCCUAUUGGUCAGAUGCCUUAAUUCUGCUUUCAAAAAGAAAUAUGGCUCAACUUAGUAAAUACUACCACAAGGAAUUGAACAACCUUGUUAUGAUGGACGUUAGACUGGCUCUGAUAGAACUCCAGAAUAUAACUAUACCCAAACAUCCGCCUAAUGUACCACCCGUACCAACAUUUUUGAAACCUCCACUCCCACCAAAACCAAUGCUGCGAAAGCCUUCACUUUUAUAGAGAAUUUAUGUAUAAAUUUUGUAUAUUACUAUUAAAAUAUAUUUUAACACGCAACA